UGAGUGACGUCAUAACUCACGUGACUGGGUGGGCAGUAUUCCUAAUUGAUGCCCGCCAUUUUGACGAAGAGUGACACUGUCUGCGAGCAAGAGACCAGAGAGAGGGAUGUGAGAAGCCAUGUCUGUCGUACAGCCAGGACUGGUGCCAUCCUUCACAGACGUUCAGGUUCUUGGCACAAUUGUCUCCUCAGCUCCUUCAGACAGUAACAACCCUGCGGUCAUUACAAAGGAAGGAGAUGUCAACUCGGAAGGUGAAAAACGUGCUAUUUAUGGGCACCCCUUGUUUCCUUUGAUGGCAUUGUUAUUUGAGAAAUGUGAGCAAGCAUCACAGACAUCUGACUGUCCUAGUUCAGACAGCUUUGAUGUUGAUAUUCAAGCCUUUGUUCACCACCAGGAAAAAGAUCGCAAGCCUUUCUUUAGCGAGGACCCUGAACUUGAUGCUCUGAUGGUGAAGGCUAUACAGGUAUUAAGAAUACAUCUACUAGAACUGGAGAAAGUGACAGAAUUGUGUAAAGACUUUUGCAAUCGUUACAUUGCCUGUUUGAAAGGUAAACUACAGAGUGAGCAGUUGUUACGCAUAGACUCAGACUUUGAUGACCCUCCUCCAGAGGAGUUAUCUCCCCCUGGACAAGCUUCAGUACCUAUGCAACAAGUUAUGUCUUCCGGUGUGGUGAACUCGGCUAACAAUUUGACAAUGAUACAACCUGGCAUGGCACAACCUGCCAUGGCGACCUUGAACCAAGGUCAAAUAGUGUCUGGUGGGACAGUUUACCAGAUGGUACAGACUCCACAGGGACUUGUAGCCCAACCCAUACAGAUCCAUACUGCACCAGUACAGCCACAAAUUACAGCCACACCUGUCAUUCAUGGCAGUACACCACUGUCACAGAUAGGCAUGGUCAGUUCACCAGUCACUCAGGCCCAGACAGUUUCUUCACAACAAUCCUCAAUGCAGUCAGCAUUGCUAAGUGAUUCUGAUGGAGAUGACAUUUUGGGAAAGAAGAAAAAUAAACGUGGAGUUUUACCAAAAUCUGCAACACAGAUCAUGAAAUCCUGGCUUUUUCAACAUAUAGUGCACCCUUACCCAACAGAAGAUGAGAAAAGACAGAUAGCAGCUCAGACAAACUUAACCCUCCUACAAGUCAACAACUGGUUUAUAAAUGCGAGACGAAGAAUUUUACAACCAAUGUUAGAUGCUAGUAAUCCUGAGCAGGGAAAGGCUAAAAAACCAAAGACCCAACACCGACCAGUUCAGCAAAGAUUCUGGCCUGACAGUAUUGCAAACAUCCAACCACAGUUCCCAGGUGGUGCUUCACAGGCCAAAGGCGAGAUAACUUCAGAAAAUCAACUUGUCUUUAAUGAAUCAUUGUCAAGUGAAGGUAUGGUGUUAAAUUCUGACACCAAUCUCCAUAGCAACAGUCAAUCAGCACAUAAUGAACAGGACUCACAAUCUUCCCUAAAAAUAGACAGUGAUGCUGACGAUGAAAAUUCAGAUGACAAUAGAGAGGAAGACGAUAAGUUGUUAGAAAGUGAUUCAUCAUCGCUUGGAUGAUGUGUUUGCAGCGUCAUUGUGAUAAAUUGUGAUUCUAAGAGGAAGUUUACCAACAUGUCUGACAGAAGGAUAUUUCCACCAGUUGUAGUUGGAAUUCAAUUUUAGUUAUCUAUGACUUCUAUCUACAAAAUUGCUUUUGAUUUUUUUUAAGUGAUCAUAAAAGUUAUGUCAUAUAUUAUUCAAAAUAUGGUGGCACUAUAAAUCACUAUGGGGUGAAAUAGGAUGGUAAGUAUAGCCUUUCUAACUACAAGUGAAGGACAGAGAUGUAGGGUUUAACACUCCCAGCCCAUGUUUUUACAGGUAAAACUGACUAAGUUCACCAACAGUGUAUUUAAGAAAAUAAAGUUCUGCAUAUCUUGUCUGUAACAGAAAGUAACAGGAAAAAGGUUUUCAGAAAUUUGGUCCAUGCUCCCUGCCCAUGGCAGAUCGUUUUCACAGAUAAAGCAAACUGACCAAGUUCAUCAACAAUGUUUUUUUUUUUUUUUUUUUUUUUUAAAAGGCUCUGCAUACCUUGUCUGUUAGAAAGGAAAUCUCAGAAAACAGGUUCAGAAAUUUGAUCUUGAAUUUGUGUUAAAAUAAUGAUUUUAUGCAGAAUCAUUGUAGAUGUAUGUUUACUGCUCUUGAAUUAGCACAAUGACUUCAGCACAGAAGUUAUUGAUAUUAAGAUACUGUUCAAUUAAGAGCACAUACAGUUGUAAUGGAUGCCAAGUUUUACAACUGAUAUUUGAACAUUAUUUGUUUAUUUUCUAUUGGAAAGAGUUCAAACAUGAAUAUAUAUUAUUAUUUAAGGUGACAGUUUAAUGAGAGGCACACAUUGACCUCAACUGACCCCCAGGGACUGUUGGAUGCGGCCAAAAAUAGGGAAAAUUGACUGAAAUUUCAAAAAUCUUCUUUACAAAACCCAGGAAUGAUAGAAACAAAUUCUAUUCAUAUAUGGAAAGGUCAUAAGAUGCUUUACCAGAUUUGUAUAAUUUAUGACCACAUGGUCUCACAUUUCCUCCUUUGGAGGGGGGAAAUUUUUCCUGUGCAAUACCUAUUUCAAACUUCUUCUCACGAAUCACCAGUGGGAUUGAGCUCUAACUUGCUUGAAAUGAUCCUGAGGUGGUUCUGACCAAGUAUUGUUAUUUUUUGGGUAUAUCCGAAUCCCGAGAUGGUCGUCAUGGCUGCCAUCUUGAAAAACAUAUUUUAAACUUCUUCUCCAGUUCCACUGGUGCCAUCGAGCUAAAAAUUAGCGGGAAGUUUAAGAAAACGAAGCCAACAAAGUGUUGUUAUUUUUCAACCUUGUCAAAACUUCGAUAUGGCAGCUAGGGAGACCAUUUUCCUGAGCAACACCUAUUUCAAACUUCUCAUGUUUUACCAGUUGGAUUGAUCUCCAACUUUACUGUCAAAAAUAGGUAACACUUGUUACAGUUACCUACUCCUCACCAUCUGCAUCAUGGAAAACAGCUCCUUAGUAACAUUUCAUUCAAAGCGGAAAACAACAAUCCUUUUCCUUGCUGAGAGUUUUAGUCCGAUGAUCUUAACGGCCUAUUGACAAUUCAACAACGUAUUGGAAAUUAUUCACCCCAUUUUUUCUUCGCCUGUAUAUUUUGAAUGACCUAAAAAUACAAUCAACAGCUCUGCUUCAGCUUUAACAUCUUGGUUUAAACUGUAUUUCAUUUUCAAUUCAGUCACAAAAUACAGUAUGGAUAAAAAAAGAAGUAUUAGAAACAAGUUCAGGGUUAGUGAUAUUUUUUGGGUCUUGCGAUUUUAAUCUAGAAGUUAUGUACAUGUUUGUCUGUAUGAUACAAGAGUAAGUUCACACAGUCUCCACCUUAUACACAUUGGUGUGGAAAGGAAAAUUAUUCUCAAUAAACUUGAAAAUUGAAGUAGAAAAUACCAGCUAUAACAUCAAAUGCAUUCUUUCACUUGAUAAUGGGACUCUAUAUAAAUUUUGUAAAGGUGCUUUGUAAUAGCUUGGAAUUAAAAUCUGUUUCACUUAAUUUAAUCUAUAGAGUUAUAACUUUUAGAAAAGCUCUUUUUGUAGAUGGUGGUUACUGUCGCUGUUUAUUAAGGCAGGAUUAUUUUAGCUGUAAUGUGAUGAAUUAUAUAAACUGCCAUGUCUUCACGUGAUUUUGGGAGUUUGUGACAAUUCUAAAGAUGUCAAAAUCUCUUUUGUGAUGUCUGAUUAGGGUAAUGCUGUUUGAUAGAAUUGUUUUGUGUGUGUGAAGAGCGGUGAAUGUCAAAUGGUGCUGUUGUUAUUGUUGAUUCUUCCCUGUGGAGAACUGUAUUUGUUAUUUUGUAUACUUUGUACUUGACUUGAAAGCCGUCACUGUGGUGAAUGCAAUAAACU